UCUGACAGCGUGAGAGGAUGACAGGUGCAUGCAUAAAACAUAAAACUAUAGAAACCGGCGCGUUUGGAAACUAAACAAAGCCUUUGUGCGCAAAUUUAGAUACGACUAAGAAAGUUGUUAAAGUUCAGUAUACAUCGAGAAUGGCUGCUGAUCCUGAAAGAUUUGAUAGCAUGCUCCUUGCUAUGGCACAACAACAUGAGGGUGGUGUGAAAGAUCUCCUGAAUACAAUAGUUGGUUUCCUUGCAAGAAAAACAGACUUUUUCACUGGAGGUCAAGCUGGUGAAUGGGAAAAAGUACUAAAGGACACAUUCUAUGCCCAUGCCAAGAAAGCUUGUGAUGAGUCAGACAGAAUCAAGAAAGAGAAAGAAGAAGCGGAUAAAAGGUUGAAGGAAAUUCGGCAGAAGAAGGAACAAGAGAGACUGGCGCAAGAUUUCGAACCAGCCUCGGUCAUUGAAGUCACUGACCAGGAAGCUGAUAAGAUGCAAGAGGAUAUAGAGCAGGAGAAGAAGUCUAGAGCUGAGGUAGGUGGUGGCGACGGCACUGCUGACAAUGAUGCUGAAAUGCUUCCAGAAGAAGAGGAAGAUCCCAAAGAGAAAGGCAAGCUCAAGCCUAAUGCGGGCAACGGAUGCGACCUUGAGAACUACAGAUGGACACAGACCUUAGAAGAAAUUGAGCUACGAGUGCCUCUACGCCAGAUCUUAAGACCGCGUGACUUGAACGUGGUGAUUGGCAAGCGACAUUUGAAAGUAGGCAUUAAAGGGCAGCCUUUCAUCAUCGAUGGUGAUCUGGACUCCGACGUCAAGGUCGAAGAAUCCACCUGGGUGCUACAGGACGGACGAAACGUGCUUGUCAACCUUGAAAAGGUAAAUAAAAUGAACUGGUGGAGCAGACUAGUCACUACGGAUCCAGAAAUAUCUACUAAGAAAAUUAACCCAGAACCUUCGAAACUAUCGGACUUAGAUGGGGAGACUCGAGGACUGGUCGAGAAGAUGAUGUACGACCAGAGACAGAAGGAAAUGGGCCUGCCAACUAGCGACGAGCAAAAGAAACAGGAUGUUCUUAAAAAAUUCAUGGAACAACAUCCAGAAAUGGAUUUCUCUAAAUGCAAAUUUAAUUAAGUCGUGAAUGUCUGUAUAAUUUAAGACGAACUUGUUCUACGUUCACCGAAGCACUGUGUCAUUUUAGUUAAUGUGUGGUAUCACGGUUCGCAAGACGAGUACUUUUUCAAAUUGCAAUUAUGGAUGUGAAAUUGUAUUAGGUGCUCCUUGUCAUCUUACGGCUUUUACAAAACACAAAGCUGAUUGCGUACCUAUGUUAUUUUUAAACUAUUAUGUAUUGUCUCAAGU